AUACAGAUGGGAAACCCAGAGGACGGACUCAGAGCUAACGAGGACGUUACUCAACAUCUUGUUCUUCUCAGGUCUGGAGAGGACAAGGAUGGAGAAUUAUUAAACCUAUUCACUCAAAGAUUCAACAGCAACAGAGAUUUGGUUCUGGUGUUUGUUGCGCGGAAGAACACUUGUGAUUUUGUAGCGAAUAUGCUGAACAGAAAGGGAAUCAGGGCUAGUGCUAUGCAUAGUGAUCGGACCCAGGAAUAUAGAGAGCAGACUUUAGCCUCCUUCAAGAAUGGGAGUUGUCCCGUCCUAGUCGCCACUGAUGUUGCAUCAAGAGGUUUGGAUGUGAAGGGAGUUAGUGCGGUGAUAAAUUAUGAUUUAGCAAACAAUACUGAAGAUUAUGUACAUAGAAUUGGAAGAACUGGACGAGCUGGUUGUAAAGGAGAAUCUUUUACCUUUCUCACAAGGAGUGGUGAGGAUGUCUGGAAAGCUAUGGGUAUAGUCGAAGUAAUGCAGAAAACUAAUCAGAGUAUACCUGUAGAAGUGAAGGAACUUGUUGACCGGCAGUUAGAUCGUCAGCAGAUAAAUCAACAGAGAAGGAAUCAAGAGGAUCAACAAUUCCAGAAGGUGUUGAUGGUUGCAGAGAAACCUAGUGUUGCAAAGAUGAUUGCUGAACACCUGUCUGGAGGAAGAUUCAGGAUAAGAAAAGGACAGUCUCGUGCAAACCAGAUUUUUGAGUUCAUUAAAUACUUCGGACCCUGCCAGCAGCGCUGCAAGAUAAUUGUGACAAGUGUUGUUGGACACAUUUACGGACUAACCUUUGAGGAUGGAAGAGUGAGAGAUCUGGGUCAACUGUUCUCAGCUAAAUGCCAGAAAAUUGUUGAGGACACAACAAAGAAGCUCAGGGUUGUAGAACACCUUCAGGAGCUAGCAGCUGAGUCUGAUUAUUUGGCUUUAUGGUUAGAUUGUGACAGAGAGGGGGAGAAUAUAGGAUUUGAGGUGAUAUCUCUAUGCAACGAAUUCAUCACAUAUGAUAAUGUGUACAGAGCCAAAUUUAGCGCCCUCACCUCCCAGGAACUGGUUUCAGCUUAUGAGAAUCUAGCCAGACCGGAUAAAUAUGCAGCAAUGAGUGUAGAUGCACGUCAGGAGCUUGAUCUUAAGAUUGGAGUUGCAUUUAGCAGACUAAUGACUAGAGCAUACCUGGAUCAAGCUAAAGCCAAGUUUAGACUAAAGGAUCAGAAGGUGAUUAGUUUUGGUCCCUGUCAGACUCCUACAUUAUGGUUCUGUGUGCAGAGACACAAACUUAUUAAACAAUUUAGGCCUGAAGAAUAUUAUACUUUGAGAGUCUUAGCAGACAUUGCAGGUCGGAAACUAGAAUUGGUCUGGGCGGACGGUACUACAAUAACAUCAAGGUAGAAAGACAGAUAGACAGAU